AUGUCUUCCGCCGAAGAGCCCUUGCAUGUAGUUAUUCGCCUUCCUUAUAAAAGGCCACCUGGCUUUGUUGAACCACCUUCAAUUGCUGUUUUUCGUGAGAUAUCCCUCGACGAAAGAAGAGAGGAGUCAGGUGGUUUAUUUGAACUCGUUAAUCACGAGGUGCUCAUUUCUCUUUGCCGUCCCUUUAUGGAAUUAAUAUUAUUUGCAACAGGGAAUUUGGCCUCGCGACUACUAAAUGUUCCAAUUCCAUAUCUCUUAAGACACGCAGCUUUCCUAUAUGAGACCCAAUUGCGUGGUGUGCAAGCUCAAUUGCGACGUGGCGAAGUACUCAGUGCCAGUAAUAGCAGUAACAACUUAACAGCCCUUGGAACUACCACAACACGCACUAGGGCAUCAAGUCGUGCAUCAUCAAACAAAAUUCCUGCAAUGGAAAAUAAUGAACCAUUGACUCGAACUAGAGCCUCGAGUAGAGCAUCAUUAAAUAAAGUUACGGUGGAUCCUAAUGAUCCGAUAACUCGGCCAAGAGCUUCGAGCCGAGCUUCUUUAACUAAGGGAUCAAUAUUUGACUUGAAAGAAGUUCCUGCUACUCGAUCGAGAUCACCAUCGAUUAGAGAGCAGGCUCCUAUCAAUUAUCGUGGUAGCCCUGCUGCAAAUCAAGAUACUUUAAAAAUGGGAGAACCUGCAUUUGUAUACCAAGGAAGAAAUGAUACAUUUGGCAGCGAAGCAAGAUCAAGCCCAAUUUCACAUACAUCUCCCUCCCCACAGACCAAUUCGCCAUCUUUCGCAAGGCGAUCAGUGUCUAACGCGUCAUCUGUUUCUACAAUUACUCCAAUCGAUCAGAUUACAUCAAAUCUUAGACCCCUAAUAAACGCGCAAGGAUCUUUUGUUAGCACGCUUUCAACCAUUGAAUCCGAGUCUGCUACGACACCUUCUCCAGAUGAUAACGAAGCUGAUGAGGAUUACCAGGAAUCAAAAAGCACCAUAUUUGAAAAUAAUCUUGCUACAUCAUUUACGGAUAAACUAAAAAGAUUACAAGGUGUUGCAGCAUUCCUGCCACUUGUGCGUAAUAACAGUAGUAGUGGUAGUGGUGGAUCUACCGCUACCACCAACUCGACGGAUAAAAAAGGUCAGUCGUCAACAACAACGACGAAUAUCAACAUAGAUACUCAACAUCAAAACAUCAGAGAUCCAACAAUUAUUAAUACUACAAAUGUGACUACUACACCCCCAAGGACCGAUGAUGCAAACAACAAUUCAACAGUUGGCAAAUCUCCGUUAACUCCUGCUCCGGAGAGUACUUCCAAUUCAACGGGAUCUUCCUUUAGUGAGCUGUCAGAUUCUUCUGUGACUCGCUCAGCGUUGGAGGAUGCAAUCAUGUCUUCUAAUCUUGGAGUCUCAAAAAUGUCCAUGUUUUCACGAAAAAGCUCAUAUUUUCCUGGUUCUUGA